AUGAUGGAGAAUAGCUUAUUAUCUAGAUUGGCAGAGUAUCUUAGGAAAGACAAGAAAUUCCAAUUGUUCAACACUAAUACUACCAAGAGAUGUGUUCCAGUGAUAGCCAAACCUAGGCAUUCAAAACCCUUAAUAUCCACAAAGACAGUUCACUUUUGCAUUCUUUUUGAUUCGCUUAAAACACCACUGUUGGCAAUUGAAGUGUUCACUUAUCUUUCCUUCUACAAAACCAGAGUUGAAAAGCUAGUUUAUGUCAGUAAAGUUGACACCACGGGAUUGACAAUCUCUGACAUCAAUGUUGCUGGAUUUGUAACUGAAUACCUGAAAUAUAUAGUUGGCCUAUCAAUUAGUACAUUACUCAAAGACUUGAAAUUCACUAAAAACCAAACAAAUGUUCAGAAUCAUGCCAAAUCGAAGGAGAUCUUUGUCUCUGAGACACAUUUCCGGUUGAGCCAACUGUAUGAACAAGCGAGAGGAAAUCCAGCUUAUCUUAACAAAUCCAAAAAGAGUGUGGAUGCUCUGGAGUACAUUCUAGAACUUGGAAUUGACCCGAGGGUUUUAAAUGAGAAGAAAAUAAGUACCAAGAUUGUACUAUUUACACGAUCAGAGAAACAGUAUCUAUUCCCGGGUUCGGUGAAGAAUAAAGGCAAGCAUGUAUUGGACGGGGACUCACUGCUAAAAUGGUGGCUUAAAAAUGUCGAUUUGAUUGUUAACAAUUGGCUGCCACAAAAUAAGUUUCUGAACGUCCUCAACCUGGAAGAUGCAGAAAUUAGAAGAUUCUUCCCGUCUCCAGAUUGGAAAGUAGGUACGGUUUAUGAUGAAAAUGGUAGUUGGCCCGCAAUUUAUAACAUCCCGUUACUCCCUGAUGAUCCAAAGGGGAGGUUUUUAGAGCAUUUGGUAGUAGAAGGUAGAGCAAAACAAGUAUCGUUGCAGAGAUACUGGCAAGAACUAGCCAUAAGACAAGAGUUUAGAUUUGGUGCUACGGUGGGUUUGAUUGGUGUAUCCGGUAUAAUAACCACUACAGGCAAUUUACACUCUGAGAUCAUCACUAGCUCGUCCUCGAAUCAGUUUGUUGAGCUAGUAACAUCAAAAGAUUACUCCGACAAAAGUGAUUGGAUUCUGCUCUAUGACGAAAUCCAGAGUGUGGUUAAGCUGGACGGUUUUCCUAUAUUGGGUAAAUGUGAGAGACGUAAGAGGAGUAAGGAGAAUAUCGAGCCGCAAGCUAUUAACACGUUGUUUUGUGUCAGAAAGAAGAAGAAGAAGAAAACUUAA